UUUUUUUUUUUUUUUUUCUCGCUUUAUUCAUUUUUUUUUUUUUUUUUUUUUUGCAUUUCUUUGGUUUUUAGGGUUUUUGUUUAAAUUCGGGUUUUGGGAUUGAUCCAAAGAAGGAACAGCAAACCAUGUCUGACAUCCCACAAGAAACCAACAUUACGACGCCCAACUCGACGAGCGCAGCGGCCUCGGGCUCUGCGACUGGUAGCAGCGCAGACAACAAGUUUAUGGGCCAGAAGGAGCGACGACGCUCGUCCGCCGUCAAGAUGUUCCUUGGCGACCAUCUCAGCCUCCUGUCCAACCAGAGCGUCCUGAAGCUCAUGGCAAAGAACAACGACAAGGAAAUCCUCUUCUCGGACGUCAUUGUCAAGAUUAACAAGCGACACAAGAUGCAAGACCGUAUCUUCCUGCUGACUGAGGGCGGUGUUUACAACAUUGACCCGAACGGCUACAAGUGCAAACGCCGCAUCGCAUUGAAAGAGAUUGGCUCAAUCUCGCUCAGCAAACUGCCCGACAACUUUUUCGCUUUGCAAGUGCCAUCCGAGUACGACUACCUCCUCGUCAGCAGCAAGAAGACUGAAAUUGUCUCCAAGCUGCUCGAGGCGUACGAGAAGGCGACCGGCAAGCCCUUGUCCGUGACUUUCGGCAACGUCUUUGACUAUCGUGUGGACCAAGAUACUGUUCGAGAAAUUCAAUUCAGCCUAGUCGACGGCGGUGUCAGCACGCGCAUCUAUACAAAGAAGAAGUCCAAGGACGCCAAGAAGUAAAGAAACGUGCUCGGCCACGGUUUUCUUCUCGUUGCUCCAUUGUUCUUUGUUUUGUUUGUCCUUUCCCCCAUUCGCCUUUUUACCUCCAGUCCAUGUGAAUGUAGCCACUUGUAGUGGUUGUUGUUGUUAUCCUGUCUCUUUCUUUCUUUUCUCCUCUCGCUGAUUUUGUCGUUCAUCGUCCGUUGCCGUCUGCCACGCCGGUCGCUUUCUCGUGCAGACGAUGUUGCGUGUAUGGAUGUCGCGUUGUCCGCUGUAUCUGUCCCCACCAAUCUAAUGCUCAUUUACUAUCGUCCAAAA